AUGGGCCUGGGCCAGGGACAUGGCUCUGAGGACGAAACUAGGCUGGUGAAGUCGCUGUUUACCGGCUACAACAAGGUGGUUCGGCCCGUCAGCCACUUUAAAGAAGCUGUGGUUGUAACUGUCGGACUUCAACUCAUUCAACUCAUCAGCGUGGACGAGGUUAAUCAGAUUGUCACAAGUAAUGUGCGCCUGAAACAGGAAUGGGUGGAUGUGAACCUGAAUUGGAAUCCAGAAGACUACGGUGGAAUCAAAAAGAUCCGCAUACCUUCCACCGACAUCUGGAAACCAGACCUGGUGCUUUACAACAAUGCUGACGGCGACUUUGCCAUCGUACACGAGACAAAGGUUUUGCUCGAGCACACGGGCAAGAUCACUUGGACUCCCCCUGCCAUCUUUAAGAGCUACUGUGAGAUCAUCGUCCUUCACUUCCCCUUUGACCUGCAGAACUGCAGCAUGAAACUGGGCACCUGGACGUACGACGGCAACCUGGUCAUCAUCAACCCGGACCACGACCGGCCCGACCUGAGUAAUUUCAUGGAGAGCGGUGAAUGGAUGAUAAAGGACUAUCGUAACUGGAAGCACUGGGUGUAUUACGCCUGUUGCCCGGAUACGCCUUACCUGGACAUCACCUACCACUUCCUCAUGCUCCGCCUGCCGCUCUACUUCAUCGUCAACGUCAUUGUCCCCUGUAUGCUCUUCUCCUUCCUCACGGGGCUGGUCUUCUACCUGCCCACCGACUCAGGAGAGAAGAUGACCCUCAGCAUCUCUGUCCUGCUGUCUCUGACCGUCUUCCUGCUGGUCAUCGUGGAGCUCAUCCCCUCCACCUCCAGCGCCGUGCCCCUCAUCGGCAAAUACAUGCUCUUCACCAUGGUCUUCGUCAUCGCCUCCAUCAUCAUCACCGUCAUCGUCAUCAACACGCACCACCGCUCCCCCAGUACACACACCAUGCCCCACUGGGUUCGCAAGGCCUUCAUUGACACCAUCCCAAACCUCAUGUUUUUCUCCACCAUGAAGAGGCCUUCACAGAAACCGCCGGAAAAGAAUUUCCUUCGCGUCGACUUCGACAUCUCCGACAUCUCGGGCAAGCCCACGCCGUCGGCCGUCACCUUCCACUCGCCCAUUAUUAAAAACCCUGACGUCCGCAGCGCCAUCGAGGGAGUCAACUACAUCGCCGAGACCAUGAGGAGCGACGAGGAGUCGAACAAUGCUGCUGAAGAGUGGAAGUUUGUUGCCAUGGUGCUGGACCACAUUCUGUUGUGUGUGUUCAUGGCUGUGUGUAUCAUCGGUACGGUAGCCGUGUUCGCUGGCCGCCUCAUCGAGCUUAACUUUCUCUGAGGGCCUAAAGGGCGCUACCGAAGCCCGCGGCUGG